AAACUUCAACCCCAAACCCCAGAUUCUUCAAUACAAAAAAAACACUUCAACCCGAGAAGCUUGUUUCUCUAGCUAUGCCAUUUCUAGUUGCCGCCAAAUUGAAGCGGCAAAAUGUCCACUUCAAAUCACGUUUCUUCUCUUUAUUUUACGCAAUUUGCUCAGUAAUACGAUCAGCAAAUAUACUGUAAACCCUUCAAAAACUCUCCACUGUUUUAACAGGGUUUAACGCGUCAUUGCUGUUACAUCUAGCAAAGCCAGGAGCACUACGUUAUAUGCAAACAAAACCCAACUUCUGUAAACCCUUAAAAACCUUUUCCAGGACUAGAAUUGCUUCUAUGACCAAAGGUUAUUAUCUGUUCUUCUAAGGAGCCAAUACAGUAGAAAAUUGACCAGUCACUCAAGUCCCAUUGAAUGCUCUGAAGUUUCCAUUUGCAUCGGGGGUUUGUGUGGUAUAACAGAUCUCUACUAAAGAGUUGCCACUUUAGUAAUUGUCUGAAGUCUCCAUGAGCAGUGAGGAUUUGUGUGCUAUAACAACCCUUUACUAAAAAGUUGCCACAGUACUAAUCGGAGACACAUACAGUAGGAGAUGGAUCACUCGCACAAGCCUCAUCGAGUCCUCUGAUGUUGCCAGAUAUACUGAGGGUUUGUGUGGUGUAUCAAUCCUUUACUAAAGAGUUGCCUCGGCACUAAUUGGGUUUGUUCUGUGGAAAAACACGCUACCAGAAGAAUUGCUUCUGUACUGAUCAGUUUAAAAUGGCGGAAGAUAGAAAUGGGAGCUCAAGUGGCUAUGCGCUAAAUAUCGAAAGCUUCACUAAAAGAUUGAAGACAUUGUAUGUGCAUUGGAAACAGAACAGGCAGGACUUGUGGGGCACCUGUGAGGCAAUAACAGCUGCAGCUCCUCCACAGUCUGAAGAUUUGCGUUAUUUAAAAUCUUCAGCUUUGAAUAUAUGGCUGUUAGGGUAUGAAUUUCCGGAAACAAUUAUGGUAUUCAUGGCAAAGGAGGUACAUUUUAUGUGCAGCCAAAGAAAGGCUUCUUUGCUUGAGGUAUUGAAGAAACCAGCCAAGAGCUCCUUGGGUAUUAAUAUAGUGUUGCACGUGAAGGCCAGGAAUGAUGCUGGAAUCAUCCAGAUGAAGACCAUGUGUGAGGCCAUAAGGGCACAGUCAGGAUCAAAGGUUCCAGUGGUGGGAUGGAUUGCUAAAGAGACUCCGGAAGGGCAGCUCUUGGAAGACUGGGCUAAUAAAUUAAGGACCUCAGAGUUUCAGCUCGUGGAUGCCAGCACUGGAUUUUCAGAGAUCUUUGCUGUUAAAGAUGAGCCAGAACUCACCAACAUUAAAAAGGCUGCAUUUUUGAGUGCAUCUGUUCUGAAAAAUGUUGUCUUGCCAAGGUUGGAGGUUGUUAUAGACGAUGAGAAGAAGGUUACCCAUUCUGAGUUGAUGGAUGAUACAGAGAAGGCCGUUCUUGAUCCACAGAAAGCCAAAGUAAAGUUGAAGGCUGAUAAUGUUGAUAUUUGCUACCCCCCUGUUUUUCAGAGUGGGGGAAAGUUUGAUUUGAGGCCUGGUGCUGUUAGCAAUGAUGACUAUCUUUACUAUGAUGCCACUGGUGUUAUCAUUUGUGCAAUUGGAUCCAGAUAUAACAGUUAUUGCUCAAAUGUGGCAAGGACUUAUUUGAUUGAUGCCAAAGAUGUUCAAGGAAAAGCCUACAAGGUUUUGUUGAAGGCACAGGAAGCAGCAAUAAGUGCACUUAAGCCAGGAAACCCUGUUAAUGCUGCCUAUAAGGCGGCAAUAGAGGUUGUUCAAAGAGAUGGCCCUGAACUUUUGCCUCACCUCACAAAAUCUGCAGGAACAGGAAUAGGGAUUGAAUUUCGGGAGUCUGGGUUGAGUUUAAAUGCAAGAAAUGAUAAAUGUCUGAAAGCGGGGAUGGCUUUUAAUGUAUCACUUGGGUUUCAAAAUUUGCAGGUGCAGACUAGUAACCCGAAGACACAGAAUUUUUCAUUGCUUCUUGCUGACACUGUGGUUAUUAAGGAUAAAGGGCCUGAAAAUGCAACUGGGGUGAGCUCUAAAGUUUAUACUGAUGUUGCUUACUCAUUCAAUGAGGAGGAAGAGAAGGAAGAGAAAUCCAAGCCCAAGGCUGAGGUAAAUGGAAUAGAAUCAGGCUUCUCCAAGGCAACGUUAAGAUCUGAUAAUCAGGAGAUGACCAAGGAAGAGCAGCGUCGGCAACACCAAGCAGAGCUUGCAAGGCAAAAGAAUGAGGAAACUGCAAGAAGAUUGGCUUCAGGGGGUAUUGGUACAGGGGAUGGACAUGGCUCUUCAAAGACAUCUACUGAGAUGGUUGCCUACAAAAAUGUUGAUGACAUCCCCUUUUUAAGAGAGCUUAUGAUUCAGGUUGAUACAAAAAAUGAUGCAGUCCUGGUACCCAUCUAUGGUAUAAUGGUUCCAUUCCAUAUAGCUACCAUCAAGAGUGUUACAAGUCAACAUGAUGGAGGGAAUUCCUAUAUAAGGAUAAUAUUUAAUGUGCCAGGGACUGGUUUUAAUGUCAACUAUACACCAACAAUGAAAUUUCCCAGCAGUAUUUAUGUUAAGGAAAUUUCCUUUAGAUCCAAGGACCAACGUCACAUCAACCAAGUUGUACAAAUGAUCAAGUCCCACAGACGGUCUGUAGCAAUGAAAGAAUCCGAAAGGGCUGAAAGAGCUACACUGGUGACUCAGGAGAAACUUCAACUUUCAAAAACAAAGCCAACUAGGUUGACAGAUUUGUGGAUCAGGCCAGUAUUUGGUGGAAGAGGAAGAAAGAUGACGGGAACUCUGGAGGCGCACCAUAAUGGUUUUCGGUAUUCAACGAUGAGAGCACAAGAAAGAGUUGAUAUUAUGUAUCAGAACAUUAAGCAUGCGUUCUUCCAGCCAGCAGAGAAGGAGAUGAUUACAUUGCUGCAUUUCCAUUUGCACAAUCAUAUUAUGGUAGGGACCAAGAAGACCAAGGAUGUCCAGUUUUAUGUGGAGGUGAUGGAUGUGGUCCAAACUUUAGGAGGGUCAAGAAGGUCAAUGUAUGAUCCUGAUGAAAUUGAGGAAGAACAACAAGAGAGAGACAGGAAAAAUAAAAUUAAUGCAGAGUUUCAAGGGUUUGUCAAACGAGUAACAGAGCUGUGGGAACAGCCUCACUUAAAAGAUUUUGAACUUGAGUUUGAUAUACCAUUUAGAGAGCUUGGUUUUCAUGGAGUCCCUUUCAAAGCAACGGCUUUUAUUGUUCCCACGGUUAACUGUUUGGUGGAGUUGGUGGAGAUACCUUUCCUAGUAAUAACUAUUAGUGAGAUUGAGAUUGUUAAUCUUGAGAGAGUAGGGCUUGGGCAGAAGGCAUUUGAUAUGGCUGUUGUUUUCAAGGACUUUAAGCGGGAAGUCCUCCGCAUUGAUGCAAUUCCUUCUUCAUCCCUUGAUGGUAUCAAGGAAUGGCUGAAUUCCAUGGAUAUAAAGUAUUAUGAAAGUAGAAUGAACUUAAACUGGCGGCCAAUUUUGAAGACUAUUACAGAUGAUCCAGAUAAAUUUAUUGAAGAUGGUGGUUGGGAAUUUUUGAAUAUGGAAGCUAGUGAUUCUGAUAUGGAGAAUUCACAGGAGUCAGAUCAGGGAUAUGAGCCCUCUGACAUAGAAGAGGAAUCAGAAUCAGAUGACGAGGAUUCUGAAGAUGAAUCGCUUGUGGAGUCAGAUGAGGAUGAAGAAGAGGAAGAUGAUUCUGAAGAGGAGGGAAAAACAUGGGAUGAAUUGGAAUUAGAAGCCCGAAAUGCAGAUAAGGAAAACGGUGAUGAAUCUGACAGUGAAGAGGAAAGACGACGGCGGAAGGUAAAAGCUGCAGGGAAGUCUCGGGUAUCUGAUAUUAGAGGUUCACGAGGGAUGUCUGCUAAGAGACAUAAAGUCAGAUGAAUUAAGUUAAUCCACAUAUCUGCCAAAGUUUACUUCCAGUUUUUAUGUCUGUUUGUCUUAACUGUCACAGUUACUUACAAAUUUGAAAUUUCUUUCUGGUUAUUUUUAUGAGGAUAUAUUCAGCCACUAUCUAAGCACCUUCUGUUUGUAUCACAAGCAUCUGUGCAUUUCAAGAAUGCCAAUUACCUAUGGUCUACAGCUAUGCCAUCGCACUUGUUGGAUCUACUAUUUCAAUGCUUUCUAUGGCCCUCUUGUUUGAGAUACCACUGACAAUCCUAUCUCCUUUCCUUAGCUGAGGAGUGGAUUUGAUUUUGGAAAUACUGUGCUUUAAAACUAGCUAUGGUCUCAGGAGAGCUAUGCUAGCUUUGUUGUUGACAGUUGACACACCCUCAAUCUUCAACAAGAACUCGGAUGCAUGGAUUCAAAUGCGAGCUUUCAAACUUAGAUAUGAAUAUGCAUAAUUUGACUUAUUAUGGUUUUCA